CUCUCACACCUAUUGAAACCUUCUUCGGAUAAACCUUUUCACCUUCCCCAAAUUCUUCUACCCACCCCAAACCAAAUCUCCCUUUUGUGUCUUCUUAAUCCAUAUCCUAUCUUCGAUCAAACUCUUCUGUUCUACCUUGUUCGAAAUCAAAUGUUUACGGAAUUUCUAUGACCCUGGCGAACCCCAUGCGUCGAAUCCGUCUCCUCCACUCUUUCUCCGUCGUCUUCCUCUACUGGUUCUACGUCUUCUCAUGAACUCCCUCUCAAUCUCGUAGCCUCUUCAUUCCCCCCCAAUUUUUUUUUCGGAUUUCUGACAAUUAAUUAGAUCUACAAAACCCUAAUUUCCCUAAACUUGGCAAAAACCACCAAAUUCGAUUUCAAUGGCUUCGAUUCAACGUCCUGCGAGUUCAGGAUCGUCGGAGGGAGGAGAUCCGGCCGUUGACGAGAGGAAGAGGAAGCGGAUGGAGUCGAACCGCGAAUCGGCGAGGAGAUCGCGGAUGCGGAAGCAGAAGCAGCUGGAAAACCUAACUGAGGAAGCAAGCCGAUUGCAAAGCGAGAACGUGCGUCUGGCGCAGAACAUAAAGGCGAAGGAGGAAGCUUACGUUGAGAUGGACGCCGCCAACGACAUCCUCAAAGCUCAGACAAUGGAGCUCGCCGAUCGUUUGCGGUUUCUGAAUUCAAUUCUCGAGAUCGCCGAAGACGUCGGCGACCUCUCCGUCGAGAUCCCGCAGAUUCCGGACCCUCUCUUCAAUCCUUGGCAGAUCCCCCACCCUAUGAUGGCGUCGCCGGACAUGUUCCUCCAUGGAAUUCAAGGACUGUUUGCUUCAUAAUUGAAUUAGGUUUUCCUGUGGUUAGGUUUAAUUAUUGAUGGUGUUGACAAAUAAAAUAAGGGAAUGGUGGUGUUUGAGUGAUAGUGUGUGUGGGUUUUAAUUUUUGUGUGUUACAUUAUAGGCUCGUUCGUUUUGCGUUCGCUGUUCUGAAUGUAUUUGCUUGUAUCGAUAUUGUGAUUGAAAUUACAAAUUGGAGUAUGUGUUGUAUUAGGACAGAGUAUCCGCCAUGGAUUGUGGUUGUCCCAUAUUCGUUAAGCAUUGUGGCCCUCACUGAUUUCUUUGGCUCGAUAUUGAAA